AUGGAACCGAGCCCUGGCAGCAGUAGUUCUACCGUGCCCGGAGGUGGUGGAACGGGGGCAGUGGUGGGCAGUAGUGCUGGCGGUAGCGGUGCUGUUGGGGGUAGUGUGGUAACGCGACCCCCCAUUACAGCACUGUUUCGCGAAAUUCACAAAAACAGCUGGCUCCGACGGUUGAACAACGACAGCAGGCGACCGUCCGUACUGACCAAGAAACCGGAUCGAUAUUGGGUGGUGUUUUGUGUGCACGAUGACUGUGAGGCAUUCCUAGAGGGCUACAGUGACCCACGGCAGGCCCCAUCGCACGCCCCGGAGUGGGCACUAUCGCUCCAAACCGUCCAGCACGUCUCGCACGCCCUCGUGUCUAUAGAGCAGGAGUUUGAAUUUGUGAUAACACUCGGCAGCGAGGUGGCCCGCUUCAAUGCAAACACCUGGGAAUGUAUGCAGGAAUGGGUGGAAUGUUUACGUUCGAAGCUGCGCGAGAUGAAGCUGCUGUCGCCGAAGGAGAAUUUGUACUCGCGCCUACCCGAGGUGCGUCCACCGUUGGCACCGACGCGCGAUCCAACCUCCCCACUGCCGGCGACGCCUCCCGUACCGGCAGCAAUCGUGCCAGGCAUCGAGCGCGUUCAACCAUCGUCCUUGGUACAGCAGCAGCAUCACGGCCACCAUUCGAACUUGGUUGGUGUAAGCGGACAGGCGACCUCGCUACCAUCCGGGCCAUCUGGUUCCGGCAUGGCAAGUGGUACGAUCAUCUCUAACACCGGCACAACAAGCUCUAUUUCAUCGUCCUCAUCAUCCGCAUCAUCCGCAUCGUCGUCAUCGGCUUCAUCGUCCUCGAACGCCUCAAACUCAUCGGGAACCAGCUACUCAUCAACGCUCACAUCCAUAUCGAAUUGUCCCAACAGUGAACGAGUGAGCGCCACUGGCCCACCGGCCAUGUCCAACACGUCCACGCAGAACCUCAUGAACCUGCUGUCGAACCCGCUGCAAGCAGUGAGCAGUAUUAACGCACAAACUAGCAAACCACUGUCGGGCACCGCAACCGACAGCAUAUCGCUCGGAUCAUCCUCCUCGUUGGUCUCGGAAGAAGAACCGCCAGAGGAGCAGCUUAAAUGCAACAUAUCCGCAUCGCCUCCGCGCGAUUCACCCCCGAGUUCCAGUUUGCCGAAACCGCAAAAAAUAAUCCACAGGGAGAGCGCGGGCCAUAAUGGUGGGGCCGCGCAUCAUAAUCAUCAUCCGGUGGUGACGCACGCAUCUGGCACAUCGACCACAACUUCCUCGCUGGCGACCACGUUCGUUACCAACGUGCUGGCCGAUCCAUCCGGAACGGCCGGACCAUCGUUGAAGCGCACCAUGAUCGAUAAGAAGCUGCUGCUCGACGUAAGGCAGAGUCCCGAACGGUCCGGGGCUACUGAGUGUGAUGUUGGCAGUAGUGCCUCCGACGCCAUCAAUGGUCACACCAAUGAUGCGCUCCCGAACGAUGAGUCGUGGUCCAGGCAGCCGCAACAGAACGGAUCCAGCAGCAACGGUCGCAAUGGAACUGCAACUGUGGUCAAUGGUGGCGAAUCGACAGUAUCGUCACCAUCGAUGCUAACAAAAUCUGCCGCCAUCUGUAUCGGGUCACCGGCAUCCAGCGGAGCAAGAGCGGAACCGAAACGUACCCGACGAAAAAUAUCUCCCGUCGCUAGUUCAUCGCCACGAUCACCCACGGUAGCGAACGGAGAAGAUCAGGUAGCGAACGUUACCAUCAUACAAGUGUCGAACAGCGCCAAUGGAACGACUCCAUCGCCUACAAUCACCACUGCUUCUUCGCCGAAGCCGCCAGUGUCUAGAUUUAACUUCCCGAAAGCAAAACCGUCGAUUAUUACCCCGACCACAGUAGCGACCGGUGUGUCGACCAUCAUAACGGAUGACCCUGGACCCGGUAACGACCAUAACUAUAAGAGUAACGUUCAAAUCAUUCCGUCCAACGUUGAGUAUCCGUCGAAUGGAGAUCAACUCGUGCAGCCGUCUAUCAUCGCGUCGAUAAACGAACAGCAGAUCACAACGGUUACAGUGCCGAACGUCUCGCAAUCGGUCCCGAUCCCGAGCUCAACGGUGAUGUCUACGCCACGAACACAACCAAGCGCACCGGCCACCGUGCAGGUCGCUGUAGCAACGUCCUCCACACCGAUCAAGGGACCGGAAAGUAAUUUCGGCACCGUGACACAGAUUGCCGUAAAUUCGUCAUCGGCCACUGGCGAUGGGCCGGGUGUCAGUAAACCGAUCCAUUGUCAACCACCAGCCACCCAACAGUCGUCAUCCAAUAGUCAACAUUACGAGCAGGUUUUUCUAACCAGUUCCGUGCAGGUUACGUCCGGAAGCGUACCAAUAGAGGCGAACUUUGAGGAGCAGGCAAUAGUAUCCGUCGCGCCGAUUCUGUCCAAACCAACCGGGAAUAAAAGCAGUAAAGUGCUACUGCUCAGCAGGCAGUCACGCUCGUCUAGUCAUUCGGAUAUUCCACUUCCCGCGAGGUUGGCAAUAAAGGGAACCCGCACACACGAAAUUGGUGGUGGCAAUGAUAAGGAAAAUCGUGUACAACACGAUAGCAUCAUUGGAGGUAAUGUUGCCAGCAGUGGUACGGCUUCCACAUCCAAGCAAGGAUCGGUUCCGACUGCGGGCAAUGCAACUGCUCCGAUCCAUCUGACCGGGGGUAGCCCUUCGAAACGACCGGCUGUAGAUCGAAACAUCUAUACACCCCAUCCACAACGUGCUGCUGCUCCACUGCUACAGCGAGGUCUAACGGAGCUAGUCUUAAGUACAAGACCCGCCGCUACCUCGGGGACGGAUCACUCCGCAAUGGGUGGACGUGGCCGAAGAGCACCGGUGGAGCACAAAAUCCGGUCUGAGCAUUUACCGCCGGAACAACGGCGUCGCAGCUCAUCGACUUCCGACGCACGGCAGGAACAUUCGGCGCGCAUCAAUGGAACCGGUGCCAAUGGUGUUGGACCCGGCCCGGGACGAUUACAGUCUCCACCACAACCAUUUCGCCCUCAUCAUCAGCUGAUGAAUGUACCGGAGGGAAAUCAGCAGCUAAACGGAGGUACUAACGGUGUUGGACAUGGUACACCUACCGGUGGUGUUGGCGGUAACCGCAAGUUGACGCUACGCGAACAGCAAGUUUUUCAGCUGCGCCGUGAAAUGAUGCAUCCGGGCGGUGUACGAUUACAGUUGCGUCGGAAGGACUGCAUCAACUCCAUCGGGCUGGUGGAUGCAUUCGGUGCCGUCUGGGUGGCAGGAUGGAAACAGAAGGAACAUCCGGUUCUGUACAAUGCGCUCCACAUCGGUGAUCAGAUGAUCAGUGUGGCCGGUGUUGCGAUCAUGUCUGCAGCCGAUGCACACAAAGCUAUCCGGGCAGCGCCGGGAUUGUUUGUUGAACUGAUCAUUCGUCGCGUUCCGUUUGGGCGGGUUUAUGCCAUUCGACGCGAACUCGAUGGACAGUGCUUGGGACUUAUACGAGACGGCAACACAUCUACGAUCGUGGACGUUGUACCGAACAGUUUAGCUGCACGGCAUGGGUUGCCCCCGAAGGCAAAAUCUUGUGAUGGAUUAUCGUUGACAUUUUGGGUGUUGACGGAAAUCAACGGCAGGCCGUUAAAUUUAUUCUUUAAGGAGAACGAAAUACGCGAUCGUUUAAAUGCAGUCGGACGAGAUAUAUCGAUAUUGGUACAACCAGCAGAUCUGGUUACGAAGCUGAAGAAGCAACUCAAAUCUCUGCGUGGCCACAAGGAUUUUAUUGUGCAAUAGGCAAUUGCUAGCGACCAGUACAUCACCGAGGAUCAAAACAAUAGUAUUAAGCAGGCAAUUUAUAUCGUCCGUCUACUGUUCGCACGAGAAGAGUAAGAAACUUAUUGAGCAGAAUUGUAGAAAAGGGUGGUUUUCUAUACAAAUAGCAAGGCGUAAAGCAUGUAUCUGAAGAGACUCGAACUUUAGCAUCCCAUACAGUGACACUUUUUCCAUUCGUAAUUAAAACACUAAUGCGUAAUGACUGUGCGGUGUGUGCUUAACACAUGUUACUACUGUUUCUACUACCAUAAUACUACUGAAUUUUUUACACCACCAUCCAGGCAUCACACGUAAUGCUGUGGGGUGUUUUUGUUACUCUACGUCCGGCAUCACCACCAUUAACUACUUACUAUUGUCCCGAUUAAUCAAAAACGUAUCUCGUAUAUUAUCGUAAAAGUAAUCCACUAUUGAACGGUGCGAAUCGUAACGCAUCGUAAGUCAUGUUGAAAUAACCUAAACAAUGUGUGAUGAUGUUUCUCCGUACGGUGGUAGGUUGAUGCGCAUAAGUACGCGAAUCGCAAGCGGGAAAAGAAUGUGCAAAAUUUUCCUCUCCAGUAAACGAUUAGUGCAAAUUUUGUGAGCUAGAACUUAAACGACAUUUACGUAAAAAAAAAACUGCUGACUACGAUGGCGGAGUGGUUUUCGUAUCGAAUGAAUGCCAAACGAAGCUGUUAUUUUGCAAUGAGUUUUCCUUCUACGUGCAAUGUAGGCCAAUUUAGAGGAAGAAUUUUGUUUACCGUGUUUUUAAUAUUCGAUCGAAUGUAUUAGUAAAUUUUGGUACGUUAGAGAAAGCAAAAUUUUACUGUUCCUAACCAAAUUUAUUGCUUGGUGCUCAUUCGCUCCGGGAACCACUCCGCAAGGUAGAACAGGAUAGUAUAAUAAUGAUCACUCAACUGCAACAAAGGAAAGGUAAACAAAAAGGCUGUAAAACUAGCACAACUUUGUGUGUGUAUGUGUGUGCGUGUGUGUAAUCUUGCUACUUUCUUCUCGUCGGUAUAUUAUAAUAGUCGAGAUAAAACAUAUAUAGCAAGAUCUGCGACGAAGGGGGGGAGUUGUGUACAGUUGUAUCACACAUUGUAACGUAACACGUAACUUUUCUUCAAAAGGCUGAGAAACAAAAGGGUAAACGUAUACAUAUGCUUAUGCGCAUUUUGCGACGUGGUAGUUUUGAUAUUAAAUAUUAGACAAACAGAUAAACUGAAACAGACAACAAAAAAAAACAUUAAACCUCAUCGUUUAGGGAAGAAAGGCCAUCGGUACUAGUUAAGGGAUUGGAAGGCACUGUUUCUAACCCUAACCGCAGAACACUAGGAAUUUCUUUCAUUCGGUAGGGGAUCAUUCUUUAGAACAUUUUUACAAAACAGAACUAAAAAAAAACAAAACAAGUGAUUCUUGAUAUAAGAUUUUAGUGAUGAGUGUGUGCUCAAA